GGUCACGCCUUUUUGAGCGAGUUAGUUCGACCUGCGACCUGCUGAUAAGCUCACUUCUAACGCAACGACGACUUCAGUGUCAGAAGCACUGGGCUUCAACUCCGAGGUCUAUGCCAAUAUAACGAAACAGAGACUGGAAAGACUUGGGAAAAAGAAACAAACAAACGGGGUACUACCUCGGCAGUUUGACAACGAAAUUAAGUUAGGGGCUAGGCCUAGGCGCCUAGGCGGCCACCAAGACCAUCAUCAUCAUCACUAGUUGAGCCAGCGGUUCAGCUCAGCGAGUGCACGAAGAGACCUAGUGCGCCCUUUACUACCGAAAAUGAAAGCUAUGGCGGAUGGCCCGGAAUGUUUUAGCUUAGGAAGUGUGGUUAGUUGUAAAACGUGCUAUAAUCAAGUGAUUGAAGGGGAAGUCCUCGCUUUCGAUCAACAUACGAAGACCGUGAUGCUAAAAUGUUCAAGCUCCAGCGGGAAAGCCAAUGUAAGCAACGUGCGCAUGGUGAAUCUUAGCUUUGUCUCGGAACUGUCUGUUAAGAAGGAAGCUGGCUUGCAUCAACCUCCACCUCCACAGCCCUUGAACAUUGAAAAGCUCAACUUGAGAGCCAAGCAGAACAUUGAAGAACGUCAUCGCUUAGCGGAAGCAGUUGCUGCGGGAGUCUCUUCGGAUGGAAUUCAUCUAUUCCUCGCAAUUAGGAAAACGAUCGACGAUGUGUCGUGGCAAGGCAAGAACAUCAUCGUGAUGAACCAGGUGACUAUCUCUCCUCCGUACCGGCCAGAAAACUGCAAAGGCAAGACCGAGAACGAACACAGUGUUUCACACAUUCGAAAAAUCGUAGAGAAGCACCUCCGAGAUCAACAGAAGCAAGGUACAGGACGUUCGACGCCUGCAGUCAAGGCCUGAAGAUAGUUGUACUCAGCCACAAAAACAUUCCUCCCUGUUUUUCUCCUAAUUUAUGUUCACUGACAGAAAUUUGGCUCUGACUGCAAAGUAUUUUGUACCGAGCACACCUGGCAAUAAACCGGUCUAUUCAAUUCCCA